AUGCCUUCAGCGUACGCGGCAAUUGUGAUUUUAAUUUUGGUUGUAACACAGUUUGUAGGAGCUGACAUAAGAGCAGACCUACGUGAAUUUGUGUCUUUAAUACCACGUCAAAGAGUUGGUUUCAUAGCUGCCAGGCACUACAUAUUGGAUCAGAAGUUUCGCCAAGCUCUCAAUUUCGUACGCAGUCAGGAAUUCAAGGAUACUUGGGAUGACAUACGUGAAACCGAUGAGUUUGAUGAAAUUGUAGAGUAUGUUACCACAAAUGGUUCUGGUUAUGAUGUGACAAGUGUUGUCGACAGGAUUCCAAAUAAGUUGAGAAAUUUUCGAUUACCUGUUAAUGUGCCAGUCGAUCUGAUGUUGGAACGUAAUUUAUCAUUAUAUUUAAGAGAAAUUCUAAGUAUAUUACCGCGCAGAAGAAUUGCUAAUUUAAUGACGAAAAAAUUCAAUGAAGGUGGAGAUUUUGCUAAACUAUAUAAAGCACUUAGAAAGCCAGAAUUUCGGGAAAUGGUCAGCAAAGCACGGGCUUCCCCAAAUCUUGCGGAACCACUACAAAAUCUCAUAAAGAAUUCCAUUGAUGUGGAUGAAAUUAUCGAUAUAAUUUUUACUGUGAUCGAAUGGGGACCAUAA